AAACCAAAAGGUUAAGGAUGGCAGCCUUUAUGUAUGGUAGUUAAUGUGCGAGUGUGCCGGUUCAUACUCAGGUUGCACACAUGUAUGCUGAUCCGGACCCUCCAUAUAAUGAACCCCAUUGUGGAUGGGCCAUAUCCGUUAAUCACACUCAUCAAAUUAUUACAGGUAAUCGAAAUUUGGCUUGGUGAAAUGCAAUUGGCAAGAAAAGGAUAAAAUGGGCAGAAAUUAAAAAGAAGAGAGAGAGAGAGAGAGAGAGAGAGAGAGAACUCCAUCUAAAGCCUGCUCCGGCAGUCCGGCUACAUGAGCACAAGUCCCAGCAUCACAUUCUAAACAUCAGGGCCGUUCAUCGAGUCGGCAGUCCUUUGACUACAUGCCCUGGCCCAAACAUGGUUAGUCUUCAUCAAUUUCGCUGCACUUGUGCGGACAAAAAAUCCAUGGUUAAAAGAAAAUGACCAAAGGGUCUACUUUCUACAUACAAGUGUGGUCCACCAGCUGAAAGGAUCGUCCUGAUAUUGGUCCACGCAUAUGGACGCACCCCCUAGGGUGGCCCGCAGGGUCUGUCUGCCACGUCUCUUAUCUGUUUACAAUUCCAGCAUUCUUCUCAAAGACCAAUCAAAAUCCACCAGACUUAGGUACCUCUUUUCAUAUGUACAGCACUCUGGCAUGUCAUCUCCGAUCAUGUAAUGCCCUUAUAUAUCAAUCGAAAUCAGCAGCUGCGGCAGCCAAACACUUCCUCCAUUUUCAUCUCUCUGUCAAAGCCCUUCCUCAAAGCCCUGAUAUCUCUUUCUGGAAUGCCAACCUUAGAUCUCACAUCAACGCCAAAAACUUUAAAUCGGCACUCAUGCUUUUCUCUCGAAUGCUAGAACUCAAUCUAAAACCAAAUGAACUAACUUUCUCUCUCCUCAUAAAAGCUUCCGUGUCUUUGCCUGAUUCAAAGAAAGUCGAUGCCCAAAGAAUCCACGCGCACCUGCUCAAAGCUGGAUUCAGCAGUUCUGUUCUUGUGCUUACUGCCCUCCUCGACUUAUAUGCAAAAUGCGGAUGCAUUUCCUCCGCACAUAAGCUAUUUGAUGAAAUGCCCGAAAGAGAUGGCAUUGCCUGGAACGCAUUGAUUUGUGGGUAUUCCUAUAAUGGAUAUGAUUUUGAUGCACUGGAGCUCUUCUCGAGUAUGUUGGAAGUAGGCCUGAACCCCUGUAGGGUUACAUUGGUUAGCAUUAUACCUUCUUGUGCUAGACAAGACUUGCUCUUUCAAGGAAAAUCCAUUCACGCCUAUGCAGUUAAGUCGGCCCUCGCUUUGGAUUCUCGGGUAAUGAAUGCGCUUACUUCUAUGUAUGCAAAGUGUUCAGAUUUAGAUGCUGCAUGGCUCUUGUUUGGAAGCAUGAUUGAGAAAAGUGUGAUUUCAUGGAACACCAUGAUAGCAGCGUAUGGCCAAAACGGUAGUUGGGAAGAGGCGUUGGCUGUUUUCAAUCAAAUGCUAUCAGAAAAUGUGGUACCCAAUUCAGUUACAAUCGUAAGCCUUUUGUCAGCAAACGUCCCUGUGGAUUCUACCCAUUCUUAUGCUGUUAAGAUGGGUCUAGUUGCUGAUAUUUCAGUAAUUACAUCGCUCAUUUGCAUAUAUUCAAGGUUUGGAAAUACAGAUGCAGCAGAACUACUUUAUGGAUUGAUGCCACAGAAGAACUUGGUUUCCUUGACUGCAAUAAUUUCUGGCCAUGUUGAGAAAGGAGAUGUCUGUUUGGCGUUGGAGCGCUUUUGCCAGAUGCAGCUGAUCGACAUGAAACCCGAUGCAGUUGCUAUGGCCAGAAUUCUUCAAGGGUUUACCAACCAACACACCAUUCAAACAGGCAUCUCUUUGCAUGGCUAUGGAAUCAAGAGUGGGUUGGUUUCCAAUGUUUUAGUGCUGAAUGGGCUGAUCAGCAUGUAUUCAAGGUGUGAUGACAUAGAAGCUGCUUUUUCUCUGUUUCGAGGGAUGCAAAAGAGACAGCUGAUCACUUGGAAUUUGAUGAUUUCUAGUUGCGUGCAGGCUGGGAGGUUGAUCGAUGCUGUGGAUCUGUUUUGUCAAAUGAAGGUGUUUCGAUAUGAAGCGGACCUGAUCACGAUGGCUAGCAUGCUCUCAGGAUGUGCUCAGCUACGGUCUUUGCAACUUGGGAAAAUACUCCAUGGUUACAUCCAUAGAAACAGCCUCCAAAUGGAUGCUUUCAUUGGGACUGCUCUGAUAGACAUGUAUGCUAAAUGUGGAACCAUAGAAAAUGCAGAACGGGUGUUUAAAACCAUUGAAGAGCCAUGUUCGGCAACCUGGAAUUCAAUGAUCAUGGGCCUUGCUUUGUGUGGAUUGGAACAGCAAGCUCUUGAGCAUUACGACAGGAUGGCAGAACGGGGGCUGAAAUCCGACAAAAUUACCUUCUUAGGAGUACUGUCUGCUUGUAGUCAUGCAGGCCUUGUCGAGGAAGGCCGGCAAUAUUUUAAGCUCAUGAUUGAGGUGUUUAAGAUUGCCCCUGGAUUACAACACUGUGCAUGUAUGGUCAACCUACUUGGCCGAGCAGGCUUGUUAGAUGAAGCCGUCCUGUUUAUCAAAAACAUGGAGGUUGAACCAGAUUCUGUUGUAUAUGGAGCCUUGCUUGGCGCCUGUUGUAUCUACCAAGAUAUCAAGCUAGGGGAAUGUCUGGCGAGGCGGAUUUUCUUCUUAGAUUAUCGAAACUGCGGGUACUAUCUCUUGAUGUCGAAUCUCUAUGCAGGAGCUGGGAGGUGGGAUGAUGUAGCUAGGAUGAGGAAGAUGGUGAAAGAAGAUAUUGGAGGGGAUGGCUAUUCAGGAAGUAGCCUGAUUGAAGUUAAUUCCAUGCAUUUCUUACAAGAAAAUGAUUGGUAAAAAGAAGUCCCACUGUCUACACCGGCUUUUUUGUUAGACAAGCCAUGGGGUCUUUUCUGUGGUGGGGCCCACCUAAUUUAUAUGGCUAGGAUGUGUUGAUAUGUGUGGCCUCGUAACAACGACAAGAACAAGAACAUUGAAGAAAUUGGCCUUGAAAGCUAUAGAGAGGAGUCCACAUACAUGGAGGUUUUGAAGAUUCUCCAACUCGUUUCUACUGUUGAGUUACUUUGUCCACUCUUUUGUUUGUAGUAGCGACCUCACCCAAGUCUCACCUCCUGUCUUGAUGCUGUGUAGCAUAGCUUAAAGACUUGAAAAUUGGAUUCCACUGGAUGUCCGGCCAGCUCAGUUCGAUUCCAAGACUCAGCUGAGUUUUUACUUGAAUCACUCGAUUUUGGUUCAAGAAUAUAUAUAGGUAUUUAUUAGCGGAUAAGUGUUGUAAAAAUAGCAAAAAAAGCUAACAACCGAACCAUGUGGUCUUCCUCGGUCUGAA